GCCCGAACUGGAGUCAUGCGGUGCUGACUCUGGUGUCACAGAGCCGGGUGUUGUUGGUUGGAGUCCAGCAUGCUUCCUCCUGCCGCAUCAUAGCGUCACGCUCUUUCUGAUUCAGUUUCAUUCUGAUCAGACUCGGGUUGCCAGGGGUCCUCCUGCUGGAAGAAUGUCAUUUAAAACACCAGAUGAGGUUUUCGUCGGCUUCGGCAGAGAUCGGGAAUCACAAACGUCGGCAUUCAUACGUCCACUAUGCACUGUGUGAGCAGAGGAGGGGUCUGCCUAGUGAAGUCCUACUCGGAUCUUCAGGAGGACGACCUGUGCAAGAAGGAGAGCUACAGCGCCUGCUGGCUAAACGUGGUGCUGGAGACAAGACCUGAGUACAGGAUUACGCUGUCAGAGACCGACAGCGUUCGCAGAGAGAGUUACAAGCAGCAGCAGGUGGUCCACCUAAUGGUCCAGAGGAGCCCCAGCCAGACCCUGAAGCUGGGCAUAGAGGGGGGAGUCUUGAGAGAGUACCAGCUGCCGUUCUCCAGCAGGAGCAAAGCGCCGCAGCGAGCCUCCGGCACAGAACAACCCGUCAUUGAAGGAAAGGCAAAUCUCACAGCAGACCGAGAGGAAGCCCCUGCCACCACUGGGGACCUCUGCAAGCCGGUCAGAGAGAACUUCAGAGCCUCCAGGCUGAUGUCCUCUCCAAGAGAAGUGUCUGACCGGAAGCAGAGGAGGGAGUGAAGGAGGGAAAUGAGAUUAUAAGGAAUCUAAACAGUGCAACAUGCUAAUGUUAUUUACACAAAACUGGAAUUAUGACAGUAAUGACAAAGACGUCAGUAGGUCUCAUCUCAUGGGUUCGUAUUUAUAUCUGUUCAAUAGUGGAUUAAUAUUGUUGAAAUAAAACUCUAAAUCUGAACACAA